GCGGCCACAGGGGCGCGCCCGGAGCACGCUGGGAACGCGGGGCGCCGCAGCCCGGCAUGACCCGGAAGAGCUGGCGCGUGGUAACCCCAGCUUCCCUAGCAACCGAGCCAGCAAGAGUACUCCCCAGCCUGUCCCGCAGCCUCCCGGGAUGCCUUUGCAGGUUAACGAUUACACCUGGCAGCAAACGGAGACUGCGGUCUUCAUCUCUGUGUCCCUCCGAGGCGUCAGCGUCAGAGACGCGGACGUGUUCUGCACGGAAAACUAUCUGAAGGUCAACUGUCCUCCAUUUUUAUUUGAGGUGUUUCUCUAUGCUCCCAUAGACGAUGAGAGCAGUAAAGCCAAGAUUGGAAAUGAUACUAUUCUUUUCACCUUACAUAAAAAAGAAGCGGCCAUGUGGGAGACCCUUUCUCUGUCAGGUGUUGAUAAAGAAAUGAUGCAGAGAAUAAGGGAGAAAUCUAUCCUACAAGCACAAGAAAAAGCGAAAGAAGCAAUGGAAGCAAAAGCUGCAGCAAGGAGGGAAGAUCAAAAAUACGCACUAAAUGUCAUGAUGAAGAUUGAAGAAGAAGAGAGGAAAAAAAUAGAAGGUAUGAAAGAAAAUGAACGAAUAAAAGCAACUAAAGAAUUGGAAGCCUGGAAAGAACACCAAAGAAAAGCUGAAGAACAAAGAAGAAUUGAUAAAAGAAAAUUACAUCAACAAGGAAAGCAAAUUGAAGAAGAGAGAAAAAAGUUAAAGCAUAAAAGCCUUACUAGAAAUUCAGCAUCUAGAUAUCUUGACACAAAUGGAAGAAAUUCAGAAAAUAUAUUUUUUGAGAAGUUAAAGGAAGACAGUAUCCCUGGUCCUCGCUCUGUUGGCAAUAUUAAAAUCAACUUUACCCCUCGAGUAUUCCCAACUGCCCUCCGGGAAUCACAAGUAGCAGAAGAAGAGGAGUGGCUGCACAAACAAGCAGAGGCACGAAGGGCAAUGAAUACUGAAAUUCCUGAGCUUAGUGAUUUAAAAGAAGAGGAAAAGAACCCAGAAUGGUUGAAGGACAAAGGAAACAAGUUGUUUGCAACAGAAAACUAUUUGGCAGCUAUUAAUGCAUACAACUUAGCCAUAAGACUAAAUAAUAAGAUUCCACUGUUGUAUUUGAAUCGGGCUGCUUGCCACCUAAAACUGAAAAACCUACACAAAGCCAUUGAAGAUUCUUCUAAGGCACUAGAAUUAUUGACACCACCUGUUGCAGACAAUGCUAAUGCAAGAAUGAAGGCACAUGUACGACGUGGAACAGCAUUCUGUCAACUAGAAUUGUAUGUAGAAGGCCUACAGGAUUAUGAAGCUGCCUUUAAGAUUGAUCCAUCCAACAAAAUUAUACAAAAUGAUGCUGAGAAGAUUCGGAAUAUAAUUCAAGGAACAGAAUUAAAAUCUUAAUAACUACAAGAAGCACUGUACUAGGUAUUGUUCCGGUUUUACCAAAUAACUGGAGGCAUUAGGAAUCUGUGCGAAUUAUGGUUGACUGUGUGGAAUCACUUUCUCUUUAGUUCUGUAGAGGGCAAAAUAUUAUAAUCUGUAGAAAAGAAAAUGUUUGAUUUGAAUAGCUUCUGAAUUAGUAAAUCAAAGUAAGAAUAAUCUAUUUCACUUCUUUACUUCAUACUGCUACAUAAUUUAAUUAUACAUUUUUUGUUACUGAAUUCAGCUUGCCCGUAUAGCUAACAAAAAUUUCUUGGUGUGAUUACCAGGACACUUACUGAUUUAUUUUUACGAGGUAGACACAGAAAAUAAAAAAAAUUGU